CUUUGUGGGAAAUGGUAACAAAGUGAAGAGUCACCUCCAAGUUUUCGUAUUGAAAACUUUUUCAUGGACGCUCAGCAGAGUUCUUCUCAGGUGUCAUUACAAGAAAAGAAGCAGUGCACACAGAAAGAAGAUGCUGAUCCUACUGUCUACAUGAACUUCAUGAAAAGCCACUGUUGUUAUGAUGCCAUUCCAACCAGCUGCAAACUGGUCAUAUUUGAUACAAAGUUACAAGUGAAAAAGGCCUUUUUUGCACUGGUCUCAAAUAGCUUGCGAGCUGCACCUCUGUGGGACAGCAGGUUGCAAAGAUUUGUUGGGAUGCUGACUAUUACAGAUUUUAUCAACAUUCUUCACUGCUAUUACAGAUCUCCUAUGGUUCAAAUGUAUGAGUUGGAGAACCACAAGAUUGAGACGUGGAGAGGUGAUUCAUUUCAAAAUAUCUACUUACAAUAUUCCAACCCCUGCUUAAUUAGCAUUAACCCAGAAGACAGUCUUUUUAAGGCCGUCUAUUCCUUGCUAAAAUAUAAGAUCCACAGACUGCCUGUCAUUGAUCCUGAGUCUGGAAAUGUCCUGCAUAUUCUGACUCACAAAAGAAUCCUCAAGUUCCUCCAUAUAUUUGGUGAGAAAGUUCCCAAACCUGCAUUCAUUUUCAAACAAAUCCAGGAGCUUGGUAUUGGGACAUUCAGGAACAUCGCCACAAUUCAGCAGACUGCAUCACUUUAUGAUGCCCUAUCCAUUUUUGUAGAAAGGAGGGUUUCGGCAUUGCCGGUGGUCGACGAAGAAGGCAAAGUGGUUGCACUCUACUCGAGAUUUGAUGUGAUUAAUCUCGCAGCACAGAAAAUGUACAACAAUUUGGACAUGACUAUGCAGGAGGCCGUGUGCAGGCGCUCUGGUUUGUUUGAGGGUGUGAUCAAAUGCUACCCUGAUGAAACCCUUGAAACGGUCCUAGAUCGUAUUGUGAAAGCUGAGGUCCAUCGGCUGGUUCUGGUGGACAGGGCUGAUGUGGUGAAGGGUAUCAUCUCUUUGUCAGACCUCCUGCAGGCCCUGGUCUUAACCCCUGCAGGUAUUGAAACCAUUUUGUUGUAGUACCACGGAACCAAAGUGUCACCAUCCAUUCUUUGCCACCUGCUUAAGUCCUGGUCCUGUACCCAGGCGGGUAGUCUCUUCAGCCUAUCUCCCUGAGUUAUCUGAACUGAGAACUCUUGAUAAAAGAAAACCCACCUGUUGGUCUAAAAAUGUCCCACUUACAUUCUCCAAAUGGGAAAGUGUUUUGCAUAACUCCAAGAAUCAAAGGUUUUGAAGGACUUGCAAACACUUGUGCAGCUUCUUGGUCAAUUCAGAGAUCCCCUGAACAUUUCAAGGAUUCUUAAGAAUGAUUUAUGUCUUUCCAGAAAUGUGGCUGUGAAAGGUCUCUGGCUGUGCUUCUUCACAUUGACGUGGCUUUUCUGAAAUCAGUGAAGAGAGCAUUUAGAAGUUUAUUCAAAUAAACUUCUAGAUAUCCUCUAUUUGGCCAACUGAGAAUCGUCAUUGACUGUAAGGAGCAUGUUAAAAAACUAAAAUUGGAAGCUGUCUUCUCAAAGGGCUACAGCUGAUUUGAUCAAAUUGAUCAAUAUGUUUACUCAACGUUGUGUAUUUGUGUAUUAAACAUUUGUUGGAAUGAUU